GACGCCAUCACACCGGACGUGGGGCCGUUGACGAGGCGGACGGACGGACGGAGCUGAGGUGACGGCGGCGGCCAUGAGCGUCCCGGCUUUCAUCGACAUCACCGAGGAGGAUCAGGCCUCUGAGCUUCGAUCCUACCUCAAGUCAAAAGGGGCUGAAAUUUCCGAAGAAAACUCAGAAGGUGGACUGCAUGUUGACUUGGCGCAUAUCAUUGAAGUCUGUGAUAUCUGUCUCAAAGAAGAUGAUAAAGAUGUGGAAAGUGUGAUGAACAGCAUUGUGUCUCUCCUAUUGAUUCUGGAGACUGAAAAACAGGAAGCUCUGACUGAAAGCUUAUGUGAGAAGUUGCUGAAAUCUCGUGAGGGUGAACGGCCUUCACUCCGGUUGCAGCUGUUGCGUAAUCUUUUCCAUGGAAUGGAGGAGAAUGCUCCUGCCAGGUACAUUGUAUACUGCAGUCUCAUCAAGGUGGCUGCGUCCUGCAAUGCCAUUCAAUACAUUCCUACUGAUCUUGACCAGGUUCGGAAAUGGAUAUCGGACUGGAACCUCACUGUAGACAAGAAACACCAUGUACUACGAUUGCUAUAUGAAGCACUGGUUGACUGCAAGAAAAGUGAUGCUGCUGCUAAAAUUAUGGUGGAAUUACUUGGAAGUUACACAGAAGACAAUGCUUCGCAGGCAAGAGUUGACGCUCAUAGGUGUAUUGUAAGAGCGUUGAAUGAUCAAAACACAUUUCUUUUUGACCAUCUUCUUGCUUUGAAACCUGUUCGAUUCCUAGAAGGGGAGCACAUUCAUGAUCUCCUGACGAUUUUUGUCAGUGGAAAAUUGGCGGCUUAUGUCAAAUUUUACCAGAAUAACAAAGAUUUCAUCGAUUCACUUGGUCUCUCUCAUGAACAGAACACUGCGAAGAUGAGGCUCUUAACCUUGAUGGGAAUGGCAGUAGAAAACAAGGAGAUUUCCUUUGACACAUUACAACAAGAACUACAGAUUCCUGAGGAAGAAGUUGAAGCAUUUGUUAUUGAUGCUGUUCGAACGAAGAUGGUUUACUGCAAAAUUGAUCAAACACAACGCAAAGUAAUUGUGAGUCACACCACACACAGAACCUUUGGGAAACAGCAGUGGCAGCAGUUGUAUGAUAGUCUGAACUCCUGGAAACAGAACUUGAACCAGGUCCGGAAUAGCCUACUCAGCCUUUCCACUGCGUGAAGACCAAAAACUUUCAAACAUUCAAUUUCGACAACAGCAACAACACUUUCCAGUAAAUAUCCUAUUUAUGGGAAUAAUUUGUAACUUUCAAGUACCAAAUAAAACAAUGUUUGCUCAUUGUC